AUGUAUUGGGUCAGUUCCGAAUCCCAGCCGCCGCCGCCCCCGCCGCAGCCAACAUACGUCGAGGAGCGCAUCCCGAUUCUCGCGCGUAGGCGCAGUAGCGGGGAGAUUGAAGUCCUACGAUGGUGCUCGCGGGCUAGACCUCGCAUCAAUACGAAUACUACCUCGGAUUCGAGGCCAGUGAAUGCAAGCCCACUGAGCGCGGUAGCGAGCGACAGUAACAGCGAGAGCGGGAGCGUCAUUACCACAAGUACCACCGCUGCGCGGAGGAAUCUAUCGCUCCCAUGGACGAAUCGACGCUUGUUACCCGAGUAUACGGCGCCUGUGUCGCCGGCAUGGAGCACAACGUCUAGUAGCGACGACGAGAGCUCUGAUGGAGAAGAGGACGACGGUGGUAGCUAUGGGACGUUUGGUCCUAAUUACAAUACCUUCAGCAGUAGCAGCACCUACUGCAAUGAUACUCCAGGUAGCAGCACUGGAGGCGACGAGGGGAACGACAGCAUCUUUCUUGAUAGCAACAAUAUGAUGCAUCCCUCCGAUAAUCAAAUUCCCUGGCUGUCUCUGCCGCAUAGGUCGCAGCUCCUAAUAUUGGCACUCUGUCAACUCUCAGAACAAUUAGUACAGAGUUCUGUAAUCUCAUAUCUCUACUACUACCUCUCCUCUAUUUACACGCCGGACCGUCUCCCUCCCACCCCGGGAAUGAUCGCGGCGCAGGCUGGUAUGCUCGCCUCAAAUUUCUUGCUUUUCCAGGUCCCUGCUAGUACCUUCUGGAACCGCAUGUCAGAUCGUAUCGGCCGCAAGCCAUGUGUCCUCUUCGGCCUCGCCGGGAUCACGAUAUCAACUCUCGGGUUCGGCUUUAGUGAGAGUAUGGGGGCAGCGGUAUUCUGGAGCAUUCUCGCAGGCGCACUGAGUGGUAAUGUGGGUGUGCUGAGGACUAUGGUUACGGAGACUUUUGACGAGGACAGGUAUCAGAGCCGCGCAUUAUUGAUGUUUCCAAUGUCCCAAAAUGUGGGGAUCGUUGCUGGAGCACUUAUGGGCGGACUGUUUGCGGAUCCGGCGGGGACGUGGCCAGGUGUUUGGGGUGGCAUUGGAUGGGCAACGAGGUGGAAGUUUGCCCUACCGAACAUGAUUAGUGCUGGGAUUUUAGUAGUUAGUUGGAUCCUAGUGUUUCUGUUCCUCAAGGAAACACAAAAGAAGAGGAAUUCGAGAAAGGACUGGGGCAUUGAGGUUAGAAGAACGGUCCAGAGACGGAUCAGAAAGGUGUACGGGAGCUUCAAAGGUAAAGGAAAGCACCUUGCAACGUCCAAUGACGAUCUCAAGAGCGACUACACAACCCUCACCACCCCCAUCCCGGACGACGAAGAGUCCGCCCUCCCCUCAUCUUCCGCCUCCUCUUCGUCAUUUACAAAACCUACCACUUCACCACCUUUCCACGCUACUCUUACCCUCAUUGCCUUGACACUCCACACCUCAGCCUUCCCUCUCCUGCUCGUCGUGUUCCUCUCCACCCCGCGCCCAAUAGGCCUUGACCUUCCCGCCUCCACUGUUGGCCUUGCAAUAGCAUACAUGGGCCUCAUCGCAUUCGCCACUCAGAUACUUCAGUACCCGCGCCUUAGUCCCCACUAUACGUUCUGUCUUGUCCCGCUUGCGUACCUCCUCAUGCCGGUACUACCGUACCUGUCCGCCAGUGGAGCUGUGGUGGCACUAGGGCUUCAGGCUGCUGGAGUCAUGUUGGCAAGAAACGUAGAGGUUAGUGAGGCACUCUUAUGUGCUCGUGGGGUUUCUGUGGCAAGGGUAGCCGGUCCAGUGUUUGGUGCCUGUGUCUAUGCGCUGUGUGGUGGCGGGGUGUGGUGGGUGAUGGCUGUGUUGACUGGAGCUGGAGCAUGGAGUGCAAUGUUUUCGAAGGAGUCUGGAGAGACGGGAGAUGAAGAGGAAAAUAGAAAGUAG